UCUCCGCAGCCUGACGGAGCGUCGGGCCCCGCGGCGCCGGCCCAUCCAUCGGCCCGGGCUCGUGGCGUCUCGGCUGCCGGCUCCACGUUCCGACGCGCCCCUUCAAACGGCGGCGGGGCCGAUGCAGCCCGCGGGCUCCCCGCUGCGGCUCCUCUUCCUCCUCUCGCUGGCCAGGGCGGCCAGGGCGAGCGGGGCGGCGGCGGGAGCAGAUAAAAACUGUAGCCAUUUGAAGGAAAUGGAUGUCAUCCAAAAACCAGAUGCAGAUUGUUACUGUUAUAUGCAAAAUGGAACAAUGCACUUAAAAUAUAUUUGGUCAGCUCUUCAGGUGAAAAUUAACAGCACAGAAAUGUUCAAGUUUGUGCCUAUCACAGCUGAAAGCAAUUGUCAUAAUUCAGAAACUAUUUUUGCAUUUUUCAAGUGUAUUGGUCAAAUCAUUUGGCAAUCAGAGGCAUCUAAAGAAACUGUCAUAAACAUAAACCAAUAUGGAGAGAAUAUGUGUUUCACAGUCCAACCCUACAAGAAAGUACCCUACACCGUGAGUGUACAACGAAAUAUGGUGGAUAGGAAACUCAUCCUUUUGUUCGUAGCUGGUGUUUUUCUGUUCCAUUUUGCAAACACCUUGAGUAGGAGUGCUAUGUUCUAUUACUCUGCUGGAGUGGCAUUGGGUGUUCUUGCUACACUAGUCUUUCUCCUGUUGACACUUAAAAGAUUUAUUCCAAAGCACAGCACCUUUGGGAUUUUAAUGAGUGGCGGCUGGAUGUCCUCUCUCUACUUUAUUUACUGUUUGAAAGGGGAAAUGAAGUGGCUGUGGUCUGAAUAUAGAAACUACUUACUGGGGUAUUUUCUGACUGUUGGAUUUAUCAGCUUUGUGGUUUGUUACAAGCAUGGACCACUUACCAAUGAGCGAAGCAUAACCCUCUUGACGUGGACAUUACAAUUAAUAGCCUUUGUCUUGAUUUAUUUUGGUGUCACCAUCCCACAGGUUGCAUAUGCAGUAAUAGCUAUCAUUCUCUGUUCAAAAGGCCUGUGCUAUCCCCUUGGCAUGGUCUGCUUUGUGGGCAGAAAAAUCAAGAAUUUUUUUAAAUCAAAAAAACUAGUGUUUCGGCUUCUUACUGAAGAGGAAUACAGGGAGCAGGGGGAAACAGAGACUGUGAAAGCCUUGGACGAGCUACGCUCAUUCUGCAGGAGUCCAGAUUUCUCUUCCUGGUUAGCGGUGUCCAAACUCCAGUCCCCUAAAAAAUUUGCAAACUUUAUUUUGGGAUCUCCCCACGUGUCACCUGCAGAAGUGAACGCAUAUGAUGAGCUAUAUGGCAUUGGAGGCUCCUUCUUGGAACAGCAGCUCUUUAGCAUAGAGCCAGAGCCACAGCAGAACCAACUAGCUAAUUCCAUUCAGGAGGAUGAUUAUGAAGAUGAUGAUGAAAUGCAGGAACAAAACGAAAGUGAAAAUGUUUCAUACUCCAACAGUAUUGGAUUAUUCUGAACCAUUUGGAAAAUCCCCUGGAAGGAAAGAAAAAGAAAUCAAGUUGGAAAGGAAGGCUACCUAGGCUAAAUGCGUGCUGUUUCAGAGAGCCCUACUUCUGACUUGGCUGUAGAGGGCAACGAAGAUUCUUUGAAGGAUUUAUUCCAGCUUCACUGUUCAAAACAGUAGUAAGUUGCUUGGUUUCUUAAGUGAAUGUUACGUUCAUGUAGUUGGUAUUUUGUUACCUCACCUGUUUAUUUACAGGGCAGGUACCAGGCAGCAGCAGUGCAAACUUGUUCCACCACUGUACCUCAACUCCCUUGAAGAGACUGCCUCUAUAGAGGUCUGUUCUCUCUCCAUGCCCUCAGUGCUGGGAGUGCCAGAUGAAGAGGAAGUCAUUUAUGAUGCACUUUUACUAAGUGCUCUAUCUGCUAAUAAAUUCCUUUGAACUCCUUUCCUAAGGUGUCUUGCUUACCGCUCUGAUCCCUCCAUCUCACCUUCCAUGAGUUUUAAGUUCUUCACCCUCUCCUUGAGAGCCCUGCACAACUGUGCUCCUCUGCUUUCAUUGCUCUUCCCUUAGCCUUUCUACUCUAGCCACGCCACACACCUAGCCCCCACCAUCUUUGUUUCCUCUCCCACCCAUCUCUGCCCUCUUCAUUGUGGCCCCCUGUGCCAAGGGCCCUCCACCUGAUCCAGUUCUCCAUCUCCUCCUCUGGGAGCUGCAGAGGGAAAUGUGUUUUCCUCACUGUAUUCUUAUUCUUCCUCUCAGCCUCAAUCUUCCCCCACAACUAACAAAACCCCAAACCAAAACAAAAAACCAAAACCCCACAAUUCCAGCCCCACAAGUGUGCUCAGUAAAGGCCAUGUAGCCUGGGACUGUAUUAGCUGCUCCAAGGAGCCUCCGUCAGUGCGGGUACCUGGGGUAAGGAUGGCCAGGGAGAAGCUGAAGCUAUGCGGUACAGAGCACCCAUAAGUGGCCCUGGUGUCCUGGGAAUCCACCAGCUUUGGCAGUGGGUCCUGCAGCUCAUUUCAUGAUUGGGAAGAAACCUCGCCCCCAGGACCACAAGCAGGGAGGAAGUGCUGGAUAGAUCCUCCUGGAGAUCUGACCGCGUGGCCUUCUCCAGGGUUUACCUCAGGAGGUGAGGAUCUUACCCUGGCAAGAAAAUAAUUAGAGUCAACAGCCAACAUCCAUAUGAGAAUAGGAGAUUCCUUCUGUGGGUAUCUAUCCUCCCCUUACCCCUGUACAAAUGGGAUCUCCCUCUCUGUUGUCCUUCAGACUGUGUCCCUUACCCCUCACUUUUCAUACACACUCUGUUUCCCAUUAACCCCACUAAGUAUCUCUUUGUAGGAGAACGGGGGCCAUCAUUUCUCCCCCCAACUGCCACUCCAAACCCUCCAGGAACUGUCCCAUUCCAACAUUCACCUCUUUCUAAAAGGUGUCGCUCCACAGAACAGGCUGCGCUGGGUUUGAAGCCAGGCUGACUCUGUGGGCACACUCAAAAGGAAAGUUCCCCUUUGCUGGUGAACAUGCUUGGAGAUGUCUCAGUUGCUAGUCUCCCCAUGGGGGGCGGGGGGGAGACACGAGAUGGGACCCAAAUAGCAUAAAACAGUGCUAAAAAGAAACAGCUUACCAUAUACAUGGGUGCCUCCUUACACUGAAAAGUCUUCAGAGCUUGCCUUUAUAUUAGCACUUCCCAGAGAGAAUUAUAGGGAGACUCCAGGAAGCUCUAGAGUUUAAAUUAAAAUUUUAAAAUGAGAUUUUUUCUGUUUUUCAAUAAAGAGAAGCCUAACACCUAAUUAAACACCAUUAGACCAUCUCGCUCAUUCAGGAAGACAAGCUCAUUCUAUAGCCAUACAGCGGGUGUGUGAGAGAAGAUAAGCCCUACUUAUUAAAAUUUAUAAACCAAACUGGGACCAUGAUUGUGUUAGCAGCAAGAGGGCUCUACUGAGCAAGUCUGUAAUUGUCACCAAUAAAAUACUGGGGGAGGACUCUGCUAGAUUCACGGCCACAUCUCUCCAUCCCAGUCCCAGCAUCAUAUUGGGCUUGCUUUGGUGCUUUCUACUACUAGCAAGAUAAACCCAUCACAUUAGUAGAUACAUUCACCAAACAGUGGUCAGAACCACAGGAGAGGUGGAUAAAGUCCAAGGUCUUUGGCUGCGUUGCAGAGUGGUGGAUCUCUCCUCUAGCACAAUGGCCUUACAUGGCUGGAGGAGGUUUAUGUUACACCUACAUAGUUGAAGCUAAGUACUUGAAAUGUAUUGUUAUAAAUAUCUGGCCUGUCAAGGAAAGGCAGCGUAGUAUGACACAUUUCAGGCUCUCUGCACCAUACUGAAGCAAGUAAAGGAUUUUCAGCCACAGUGCUCAGGUAGCUGAAGGUUCACAAUCAUGAUUUUUUUUUUUUAAAGGGACAUAUCUUGUCCCAAUUUAAAUCCAGGCAACCCCCUUGAGCUUUAUGAAACAAAGCAGCUAAUAGAUUGGUGAUGAU